GUUCCCGUGUUCUUCUUUUGCACAGAAGGCGGGACUUGUCUGAAAGCAAAGGAUAUGGUGGAAAGAAAAUAGACCGCUAUUGAUAGAAGGAUAACGAUAGCGUUAUCGGAGCUUCCCCCUCCGUUUUCCUGUGAGAGAGCGUCAGCUACUCAACCUUAGAGCUGCAUCCAUGGCGAACGCUCAGCAGAUCAAAAAUACGGCAGUGAAGGUGCUUGUCUGUGUGGAGAAGGUGUCUAACUUCGCCUCCUCCAUCAACCCUCUCUUCGGCAUCGUGACGGCUCUGGUCGGGGUGGCUCGCAAGGGCCUUGAGUGCGAAGAGGUCCAUGCCCUGGACAAGGACUUCCAGCAGGUCCACAGCAAACUGGAGAGCAUCUCCAAGAAGAACCAGCAGUGCCUGCGUCAGAUCCGCAUCGACGAGGUCAACGAGACCUUCGGGAAGUACGAGGAGUACAUCAAGUACCAGUACGCGGCCUUCUCCAGCAUGGUGGCGCUAGUGAAGAAGGAUCCGGAGAACGCCGACCGCCACAUGGCGUACUUCGAGAAGGUCUACGAGAGGUACAAGAGUGACAUGAGUCUGGACGUGUACUAUCGCGGCGUCAUGGGAAUGGGGUCCCUCUUCGGGAGGCCCCUGCUGAGCGUGUACCUGGAGCACUGCGGGGGCGACCGCCAGGUGAUGGAGAGCAGGUGCUCUCACUUGGGCCACCUGUUCCACAUGGGUCUGAUCGCCCUCAUAGGCUACACGGCCGUUACCGAGGACGACGAGGACGAGGUCAGGGAGAAGUGGGCGAAGCGUGUGGAACACAUCCAGGAGAAGAUGCAGGAGGUUCUGAGCCGAUGCAGCCAGGAGAGUCAAGACUUGAAUGGGACGUCGGGGUCAGGGUCGGGUCUGGCUGGGAGAUGAGGAUCUGGUGGUUGCAUACCACCAAAUCCUCAUCUACAUUGGGAAGAAGAGGUCUACACCACUCUCUGGUUCCAAACUAUUUCUAUUGGACCAAGUCAAUAAAUGCAAUCAUAUUUAGGUACAAAUAUGACUAUAAAACCUGAAAAUAUUUGUUGUAGGCAAUAUUUGUAUCUGUUUGUGUGAUCUUUUGCCAUCAAUCUUUUGUUUUUUCUUUAUCAUGUUAAGCAAUUUCUUGGAACAAAAACUUAUGUUAAUGUCCACAACUGCCUUAUAUGCUGCCUAUGAAUAAAAACUGAAUAUGUCAAUGUU